GCCGGUGACAAACUGGAACGCAUUCGUCCAUUGCAGCAAUCGAUUUCCGCCUCCUUCACUAGACAAUGGCUCUCGCCUUGCUCACUCGUACUUCAGUCGCCGUUGUCUACACGAAGAGCUGCAGCAAUCAAGCGUUUUUUAACCUAGCCCGCAAGUCAUCUGCUAUCAAUAGUAGUUGUAUCGUACCGUUGCAAUUGCAAAAGUGCAACUACACUAAAAAAGCCAUGUCUUUGCCACGUUGUUUUUUUGAUAUGGUUGUUGAUAAUAAACCGCUCGGACGAAUCGUUAUCGAGCUACGACCAGAUGUGACACCCAAAACCUGCGAAAACUUUCGUGCUCUAUGUACCGGCGAGAAAGGCUUCGGCUACAAGGGCUCCAUUUUCCAUCGUGUCAUCCCGAACUUUAUGUGCCAGGGAGGUGACUUCCAAAACCAUAAUGGAACCGGCGGCAAGUCCAUCUAUGGCAACAAGUUCGAAGAUGAAAACUUCAUCCUGAAGCACACUGGACCGGGAAUUUUGUCGAUGGCAAACGCAGGCCCGCAUACCAACGGUUCGCAAUUUUUCAUCACCACGGUUAAGACGUCCUGGCUUGACAAUCGCCACGUCGUGUUUGGAUGCGUCGUUGAUGGAAUGGAUGUAGUGCGAAAGAUCGAAUCAUUCGGCUGUCACUCCGGCAAACCAUCGAAACAGAUCGUGGUGGCCAACUGUGGAAUGCUGUAAUAUGCGGCGCUUGCUACUCUGGUCGUUGUUUUCGUCUUCGUCUUCACGUUCGUCUAUCAAUACACUUUGCAUUUCUUCGGUGAAGAACACAUGUGUUAAAUGUGAUUUUUCCUAUUAUUUUCAUAUUGCUAGUGACAACUAAACAUGGUGUAGUGAAGACGAGUCGAUAGAAUGGGACGGUACUAAUCUAAUCUAAAGUCUAAUUUAAAAGCAAUUAAGAAAAACCAUAGCCAGUUUACAAUGUCUACCAUGAGACGUAGCAUCUUUAGCUAGUUAAUUAACGAUCCAACGUCAGUUAAAAACUCACAGAAUGUUAGGUUUUCGUUGUAUUGUGUCGCAUUUUCAAUGAGUUUCUUGAAUAGUUUCGUUCUUGGUUUCAUGGUCAUUUUACAAGCCCAUUCUAUCGUCUCGAGCAUUGGUACUGCUAUAAAACAACGGACAGUCUAUGUCAAUCUCAUGAUUCAACCAGGGAGCGAGUUUUCAACCUAGAGUAGGUUGAGUUUCCUGCUAGAGUACGUGCAAUCUAAAAAUCCCGGUAUGCUUAACCAAUCAGCCGAUGUCAUUAGCUAACUGCACAGUGUGUUGCAAACACGCUGUCAUUUAGUGGAAAGGCGGUUAUAUAUAUAGGUUGAAUUCUA